AUGAGUAACCGGGCUGUGCUGGAGAACGGGACGUGCCGUGCCGUGCCGUGCCGUGCCAGCCAUCGCAGAGGAGGGAGCAAAUUACGCAGCUGCACGGCUCAUCCCUCCCUCCCUCCCUUUUCCAUCCAUCCUUCCCUCCCUCCCUUCGCCAUCCCUCCCUCCUCCAUCCCUCCCUCAUCCCUCCAGCGCUCCCGGCCGCCCCGCCGCACCCAUGGAGGCCGGCGCAGGUCGCUGAGCCCCCCACCCCGGCGCUGCCGCCCCCGACAUCGGCGGGGCCCCGCGCAGUUCCCUGUGCCCAGGAGCCGUGGCACUGUGGCCAUGUCCGUGCCGGGGAGCAGACGCGCGUCCACGGGAUCACGAAGGCGCCCCUCGCCCCCCGGGAGGGACACCUACGGCACCUCCUCGCUGAGCAGCAGCAGCAAUUCUGGCUCCUGCAAGGGCAGCGACAGCAGCCCCACCCCAAGGUAACCCAUCACCCGUGGCCCCAGGGCGGCUGCUGGGUGCCCCCGGGCAGGGGGAGCAGUCCCCCCGUGCUGCC